AAUGUCAGCGAUAACGUCAAAAAUUACGCGAAACGGCAGCAGUUUGUGUGGUGUACAUUUUUAAAUUUUAAAUUGUUGAUUGAGGAAAGUGGUAUUAGGUAUUCCAACUUGAUUUGACGCACUUUUUCAGUCAAAAUGUCUUCGUCAGAGUCGGACGAUGACUGUUACGGUAACAUAUCGAAAAAGCUGCAAAACAUGAAAAACAAGUACCACGACGAUAAUAUGGAUACCGCGAAUUUGCUAAACACCUCUACAGAAAUCAAGAACGCAGCUCCAAGUGAAACUACUGUAGUUAUAUGUAAUGAUAGCGAGACUAUUACGUUAGAUGAUGAUGAUACGAUACUCGAUCAAAUAAUAGCGUUGAAUUCUAUACAAAAACAGACUACCAGAGGUAGACGCGGUGCAACAAAGUCACCUAGAGGCCGGGGACGAUCAAAUCGUGGCCGUAGUCGCGGUAAACGAAAUACAUCCUUAGAUAUAUCCGAUAGUUUACUCGAUACUAGUCCAUCUUCGAACACGAGAAGUGCCGCGAAUACAAGUGCAAUUACGAUAACAGAUAGUCCGGUUGGGGGGCAGGCUAGAGGCCAAGCUAGGGGCAGAGCUAGGAGCCGGAGCAGAGCUCGGGGCAAUAGAACACCUAGACGAAGCAGGGGCAGCUACAUGCACCCCUCCUACCCUACUUAUAACGUCGGCAACACAGAAGAUUACCCAGAUAUGUCUGAUGAUGUCGAAUUGUUCACGUCAACGGCGAAAGCGCAAGAAAUAAUAGAUGAUAUUAUUGAUGAGAAUGAAGAGUUAUCAAUCAAAGUGUACUGGCAGAGUUCAGAUAUAAUCAAAUUCACAAUACGCAAGUACCAAAAGCUAUCACAGAUAUUUGAUUUCUUUUCGAAACGGGAAAGUGUUGGUAUUGAUAGAUUAUUGCUCACUUAUAACGAUAGGAUAUUGAAACCUGACGAUACUCCAGAUAGCAUAGAUUAUAGCAUAGCCAAGUUUAUAGACGGUGGCAUAGUCAACAAUCGUGUUCCGAUUGUAGAGAAUUCUAGUAAAGAAAUAAGCGGUAUUAAACUCAAGUUCCAAUGCCAAAAUUUAAAGAAACCGCUAGAGAUUAUAAUUCAACCGGAAGACAAAAUGUUACAGGCAUUUACAAAAUGUGCGGAGCAUCUAGAGGUGCCUAUGAAUAAGUUGAAAUUUGAAUUUGACGGUGAUUGUAUUACAGGUUCGAUGACAGCGGAAGAGUUGGAAUUAGAAGGUGGAGAAUGCAUUGAUGUUAAAAUUAUGAGAUGAUAAUUGUUUUUUAUUUUAAUAAUUUGUUAAUCUUUCCGAAUCUUAUUUUUAUUGAUUCAGCUAAUUUAAUUUUUUGCAAGAAAAAUUAAAUG